UGCUUCUUCCACAGGGUUUGGUCAACCUCGCUAGUUUGGACUAUACGUGAGACAGGUGUAAUCCUCAAGCCUCGCGAUAUCAGGCGCCAUGGAAGCCGAGCCCGGAGGGGUGGAAGAACGGCGACAAGCUCGAUCCCCCCCGCCGGGACCGGAGGCGUUGGAGGAAGAUAACGAACGGGUGAGGGAGCUGCUCCGCCUUUGCUAUGAGGAGGGCAUUCUUCCCAGCAACAUAGAUCCAGGGGAAAUGACCGUACAAGAUCGGGGAGUCAGAUUUAAAGUUAGAGAGUCUAUCGAUAGAAUCAAGUUGCAGUGGCUCAAGGAGCGAACCGUAACCAUCAUAUUAAGAGAAGCAGCCCGGUUCCUCGCUAGGAGUGUCAAGGAAGACCUUAUCAGAGCUUACGAGGAUGAGCGACUCCAGGCAGGUGAUUUCGAGUCAAGCUUCCGACGGGGCAGAGUCAAGAUUGAAAGCUUAAACGUUGCCUCGUACGUCGCCAAGAGUACUAUCAUCCAUGAUUGGUUGAUCGAGAAGGAACUGGCCGAGAUCGUCCUCGGUGGUUCUACCUAUAGGUUGGAAUUUAAGUUGUGGCUUACUUCAGCACAACUCAGAGAACAGAGGAGAUUAGAUGAUCUGGGCACCUUUUGGGUGAUUGCGGUGCAAGUACCGCUUGACACCAUGUUUUAUUUGGAGACGCAUGUUAGGAGAGCGAUUGGACCAGUUACCCGCGUACAUCCGUCGGAACAAGACAGGCUCAAACCUUCGCUCGUCAAUAUCAAAUUCGAGUUGGAGUCGGAUGCAAGACCUAACAUGAAGGACUCCAUUACGGUGGAGACCUUUGAAGGAGACGAACUGACUGUCAAACUGGCAUCGUCGGAUACUCCUCGGUGCCAACGGUGCCGUGCUUUCUUCCACACAUCUGAGCAGUGCAGGCGCAAUAACAACCGCUCGAGGCAGCAAUCAGACGCUCCUUCACAAAUAGAAGGCCUGUCGAUUGGACAAGAAGCAACUCCAAGGCCUAUUUAUCAGGGUCCGCUGAGAGGAGGAGGGGCUCAUCCUACAGCUUCGGUUCAAAGCCAGGCAGGACAAUCAGUUCAAGGUGGCCCAGUGGUGGGGGCAGGUUAUGCGAGCAUGUAUCAGAACCCCUCCUUUUUGGCUUCACCUUACUCAGGGCAAGUCAACGCUCUUUUGGCACAAUUACUCCAAGAGCUGUUGCAAGCAGGAGGGCACCCGCUGAUGCAACAACCGUUGUUUCCUCAACAAUCAGGCAUAUUUCGACCUCCUUUCAAUCUGGAUGCAACGGCGGGCUUUCAACCGUAUCAACCAGUCCAGGGUCCUGGGAUCCAGUCCAUGGCUCUGGCCGGAGGAAGUGGAAGAAUUAUUGACCAGUCAGCCAGUACGCAGCUCAAUCAGGGAGGACCAGGUGGCGCCAACAGCAGUCACUUGAGAGGAGGUGAAGUUAGACAGGAUCCAGAAGCAUCGGGCGGAAGACUUCGGGGUGAUACCCCGGGGAAACAUUGCAGAGGUGAGAGUGGUGGUUCAGAUCUACUUCGAGAAGAAUCUAUAACCUCUACACCAAGAUCGGAGAACUCAGGCGAGGGAGAAACAAUCAUUGGCACUACGGGCAUGAAGACCACAAGACGAAGAACUCCUACCUCCUUGGCCCGUGGGCAGCUUAACAUUGUGGAGCAGAAGGUUCUGCCCAUUAUGUGCACAACGCUAAGAAGCAGCUUUUGGGUUAUUGCUUGGAAUGGUGCGGACGGAGUACCGGAGUUAUUCAGUACUCCCUCCCCAGAGCAACCGAUGCCUACGGCUGUCACCUUGAUUGUCCAGAUGGCGGUCAGAGGCAAGUUUUUUGUACGACUCAUUCCAGACGAGCCAAUGGUCAGCGACGAGGAGCUGCUCUUCCUCACCGGGGAGAAGGAGGUGAGCGAGCAGGUCGCCCGCAGUCUGUGGCACGACGACCUCAAGCUCCUCGUCGUGACUCGCGGAGAGGAUGGCGCCGACUUCUACACGAARAGCUUCUCYGGACACGUGGACUCGUUCAAGGUCGAGACKAUCGACACCACCGGCGCAGGGGAUGCUUUCGUCGCGGCGUUGCUUGUCCGGAUCGCGGCUGAUCGGUCCAUCUUGGACGACAAAUCCAAGCUCGAGUCCACGCUGCGAUAUGCUUGCGCCGCCGGUGCCAUCACCACCACAGAGAGAGGAGCGAUCCCGGCUCUCCCUACUCCCGAGGCCGCCCUCGCGCUUCUGGCGAAAAACGUGACUGUCUAGAGCCCUCUUCACAGCGUUGGGAUCCUUAAUUGGGGUCAAGCGGAAUUUCGCGAUGCACCUCAUCGUCCCGAAAAAAAACUUGAGGCUGAACUUGCCGUCGGUCCUUGAUUUUUCCCUUCUUCGUUCCGUUUUCCACAUCUCCCGCUCUUUUAUCUCAUGGCCUUUCUUCCUCCCGCACAAUCGUUUCAUCUCAUUGCCUUUCUUCGUUCCAGACCAUCGGUAAGUGAGCGGAUGACUGUUUGUUGUUUGAAAUUGGUAGGUGCGGUGAUGUGUCUCUUUGUUUUUUUAUUCUUUUUUCCGUUGAUUCUGUCGGCUUCGCGAUGGAUCUGCGUUUCACAUAUUCAUUAUGAUUAUUCAUUGAAUUUCGUGAAUAAGUACGGCAUUGUUCGUGCAUUUUUUAUUUUUCAUUCUUAAGAUGUUUGGCGACAUUUCGCGUUCUGCGAAGUGAAAAUUUUUCGUUUCCGAUUGGUUUCCCACUUGCGGGGACAAAUGCUGAUGCCGAUUCCACUCUGAUGAGAGAUUUGUGUUCAUUGAUUACAUUUGUCAAUACGAUCCAUUAAAGAGUCGGGGGGCAGGGAGUCGGAGGACAGGGGGAUAAGGUUAUGGGGUUUCUCCUUUUUUCUGUAUUCGAUGAACAUUGCUCUUUUCCAUCAUUCUUCAAUUAUUCCUUAACAAACGCUCUGAACAACA